UAGAACUUGGUUCCAGAACAGUCCUGCGGCAAUGCUGACGCCACGGUGAUGCAUACUCUCCACGCCACCAAGGCUAUAUAAGGAUCUACAUUUCCGAUCUACAUACCGAGGUCUACAUCUUCUAAUAACAGUAAAAUUAUUAUUCAACAAAGGCUUCAUUAAUAUAAAUAUACUAUGCCUUGCAGCUGCGGAGCCACUGAGUGUCCCUGCACUGGAACUCAAACCUGCACCUGUGACAGCAGCUGUACCUGCCAGGGCUGCAAAGUAUGUUAUCUACAGGACCCCUUGACUGAAACUGGUGCUCCAGUUUCAAAAGGGAUAGAUAUGAUGGGCUAACCAGCACACUGUUUUAUAGAAGUAACCUUGUUUAGCACAGGAUAGGAAAGAGGGUAUCGAACAUCAUAAUCGAAUUUAGCA